AUGAGUAAAUCAGGUAAAGGAAAAUUGAAAGAUCUGCAGAUGCAAAAGGAUAAUCGUUUUUGUGCAGAUUGUGGUUCUCCAGACCCGAAGUGGGCGUCAGUCAAUAUUGGGGUUUUCAUAUGCUUAAAAUGUUGUGGAGUGCACAGAAGCCUUGGAACACAUAUCUCAAAGGUUUUAUCGGUGACAUUAGAUGAAUGGACAGAGGAUGAAAUCGAGGCGAUGAUUGAUGUUGGAGGAAAUGCUUCUGCUAAUUCUAUUUACCAGGCUUAUAUUCCAGAUGGUUUCUCGAAACCUAGGCUAGAUUCUAGCCACGAGGACCGUUCUAAAUUUAUCAGGUCUAAGUACGAGCUGCAAGAAUUUGUGAAGCCUAGCUUACGUAUUUCUUCAAAUUCCAACAAGAAGUCAAGCAGCAAUUUGCAGUCUAGUUCAUCUCAUUCCGAAGGAAUGGUGGAAUUUAUAGGAAUGCUCAAGAUAAAAGUGGUUAAAGGCACAAAUUUAGCUGUCAGAGAUAUGUUGUCGAGUGAUCCUUAUGUUGUUCUUACUCUCGGGCAACAGAAAGCGCAAACAACUGUUAUGAGGAGUAAUCUUAAUCCGAUAUGGAACGAGGAGCUGAUGCUUUCAGUUCCCCAGAAUUAUGGGCCGGUGAAAUUGGAAGUGUAUGACUAUGAUACAUUUUCUGCUGAUGACAUAAUGGGUGAGGCAGAUAUUGAUAUACAAUGGAUGAUAAGUUCUGCAAUGGUAUAUGGGGAUGCUGCAAUGUUUGGAAACAUGCAAAUUGGGAAAUGGCUAAAGGCGGAUGAUAAUGCCCUCGUAGAAGACAGCACUGUGAAUAUAGUCGAUGGGAGGGUGAAGGAGGAAGUGAGUCUUAAGCUACAGAAUGUGGAAUCGGGAGAGAUUGAUCUAGAACUAGAAUGGAUUCCUCUUGAGCAAUAAUCAUCUUAACUAAUCUUAAAUAUAACUAACUCUCUUCUUGUAAUCAAUAAUAAUAAGCUCUCAAUUCUCAUUGAAGCCAUUUUGUAUAGAGAAUUCUAGUUUUGUAAAUCAUUUAAAGUUUUUUCCAGAUUCUAAAAUUCUUCACAUGUUUCUCCAUCAAGCUUUCUCUCUUGAUGAAGCCAAUUUUUCUUACUUUGUAACACAUUAUUUGACCUAAAUUUAUAUAUAGAGUUUCAUG